UCUAAUUAUUAUACUUGUGAGUGUAGUGUGCGUGGAAAGAGAUGGGAAGGAGUCCAUGUUGCUCCAAGGAAGGACUCAACAGGGGAGCCUGGACUGCCUUGGAAGACAAAAUACUGAUGGCUUAUAUUAAAGCCCAUGGAGAAAGCAACUGGAGAAACCUCCCCGAGAGAGCAGGUUUGAAGAGAUGUGGUAAGAGCUGUAGACUCAGAUGGUUAAAUUAUCUUAGACCAGACAUCAGGAGAGGCAACAUUUCCCAUGAUGAAGAAGAACUCAUUAUCAGGCUCCAUAACCUUCUUGGUAACAGAUGGUCCGUAAUAGCUGGAAGGCUACCUGGGCGAACAGGCAAUGAAAUCAAGAAUUAUUGGAACACUACUCUGGGGAAAAAAGCUAAAGGCGAAUCAUCUUCACAAUCCAAACAAAGCUGUCAAAGCAAAUCUAGAGCAAUUAAACCCAUGACCAGCACCCAACCAUCAAAGUCAACACAGACAACCCAAGUAAUCCGCACGAAGGCCACUACGUGCACCAAGUGUGCGUGGAAAGAGAUGGGAAGGAGUCCAUGUUGCUCCAAGGAAGGACUCAACAGGGGAGCCUGGACUGCCUUGGAAGACAAAACACUGAUGGCUUAUAUUAAAGCCCAUGGAGAAGGCAACUGGAGAAACCUCCCCGAGAGAGCAGGUUUGAAGAGAUGUGGUAAGAGCUGUAGACUCAGAUGGUUAAAUUAUCUUAGACCAGACAUCAAGAGAGGCAACAUUUCCCAUGAUGAAGAAGAACUCAUUAUCAGGCUCCAUAACCUUCUUGGUAACAGAUGGUCCGUAAUAGCUGGAAGGCUACCUGGGCGGACAGACAAUGAAAUCAAGAAUUAUUGGAACACUACUCUGGGGAAAAAAGCUAAAGGCGAAUCAUCUUCACAAUCCAAACAAAGCUGUCAAAGCAAAUCUAGAGCAAUUAAACCCAUGACCAGCACCCAACCAUCAAAGUCAACACAGACAACCCAAGUAAUCCGCAUCAAGGCCACUAGGUGCACCAAGGUUUUGCUCUCAUUACAGUCACCACCACCGACACGGACACCACUACCACCACCUGAAAUUCUCUCCUCAACAGCCAUGAACGACCCCUCUCAAGCUUCCUUGAUAAAUCAUCAACAAGAUGGUCCAAAUUUUCAUUGCGGAACUGAAGAGGUUCAUGCAUGUCAUGAUGGCUCAGAUUUCUUCAAUUUCGGGAAGUGGAAUGAAAUUCAACCAAAUGAUAUAGACGGAGAUACACUAAUGAAGAGUGGUUGUAACCGGAAUUUGUCCAGGGGUUCUGAAUGUUCCUUGGGCAUAUUUGAUGACCUCAUGUUCAAGGACUGGGCACUGAAUCAUUGUCCUGAAGACAAUGCAACUUUGGACCUAGAGUCUCUCGCACAUUUGCUUGAUUCUGAAGAGUGGCCAUGAGAUUAGACACUGACGAGAAACUACAGCAAAAUCUCCACCCUAGAAGAUAUAUUGGCACUUGUGGCAUAUCUCAAUUGAUUAUUAUUCGUAGAAAUCAAAGUAAUAAUUAGCUUGUGUAUGGUGUGAAAUUAGAGCAAGUCUGUAAUGAUUUAGCAUUUGUAAGCGCUGUGUCGGUAACAAACUACAAUCAUGUAAUGUCCUCCUCUGCUAUAUAUGGGUUCAAAAUUUGACCUUUAAUAUGGUUAGGGACGACUAUAACUGUUAGGUUCUUGAAAUUCAAAUAUGCAAUGAAAACAGUAAAUUUAAAAAUUA